CCGGUGAUGGCGGAUGGAGGUGGUGAGGAUAAGAAGAUGAAGGUGUUGGUGGCGGUAGAGGAGACCGAAGGGAGCUUAUAUGCGCUGUCAUGGGCACUCGAUAAUCUCUUCACGUCCGCCAGCGAUGUGCCGGACAAGACGGAAUCGCUGGGCAGACUCGUCCUUAUCCACGCGCAGCAGCCACUGCAGCACUUCAUGCACCCAGUUGGACCAUGCAUGACUGAUCCCCAUCACCCCGUUUAUGCCACCUCGUCGGUGAUAGACUCCGUGAGAAGGGCGCAAGAGCAGAACUCACGCAAUUUGCUCGAGAGAGCGACGCAAGUUUGCAGAAGCAAACUAGUCGAAGCGGAAAUGGUCAUCGUAGAUGGGGAUCCAAAGGAGAUGAUAUGCCAGUUCGCGGAACAAAUGCAAGCCGACCUCCUUGUGGUGGGGAGUCGCGGUCUAAGUAAGAUCAGGAGGGCAAUCCUGGGCAGCGUGAGCGGCUACUGUGCUCAUCACGCAACAUGUCCCGUCCUUAUCGUGAAGCCACCCAAGGGAAAUCAUCCGUAGCGUAGCUUGGAUGAUAAUGGUAGAUUUGGAAACGAAUGGAUGUAUUUAGAACCUUCUGUUGUGUAGUAUGAAUGAUGGUGUCUUCGAGUGAUCUCUUUGUAAA